ACAAAGAACGGGACUUUCUUAGUACAUGAUGAAAAGGAUUACUAUUUUCUUACGCAUUACGUCUGUAGGCAUCUGUGCAGGUGACUGAGGGUAUAUCAUGUGUACGCCUUUACUUAUAAAAAUCCCCACAAUAAAUGAAAACAAAUGUAAAUAAAUCAAUUAAAGGAAGUAAAUGGAUGACUAAAGUGAAAUAAACAAUAUAUACAUAAAAAAAUAUAUAUUUAAAAUCCGCGAAUACUGCUUUACCACUCUCCUCCAUGUCGUCAUAUCUGGUACCAACCAGUUACAGCGAGAAAGUGACUAGUUAACAUAUGUCACCGCUUGCUACUCCCGCUUUCCUAAAUUGAACUCAUGUAUCGACAUCACUUAUAAUGGCAUUCUGCCCCCAACAUUGCCCAACCUGUACCAAUAAGCAGAACACAUUCGAUCAUAAGAAAUGAAUACCGUAGCUAGUCUAAGCGCUCAUUUAAAUACGGUUAAUCUCCGCAGACGGAUUAUCCAUUGCAAGCGAAAAUCCCGACGCCUGAUUACCGCUUUCCUCAAAAUGAAAUCAUUUAUUGGGGGAAUAAAAAAAAUCUUGGGACGCAUCAAUCCAGACUAAAAAAAACUUCAUGAUAAUAACUGCCUCUUUUAAGGCCUUAAUUUUGAUAUCAGACAAACAAUGUUAUCUCCUGAUCUUCUUCCUAACGACACAUAUUUUACACUCUUUAGAAUAUUCCAUAUAUCUAAUGAUAUUUAAAAUAUCAUGCAAUUUCACUCUUUGAACUUGACACCGUCUCACACUGUACAGUCCUAAAGACUGAUUCAUGUUAUAAUUUAUUUAUCGUGGUAAUCAUGUAUACGCUCGUAUACAGGUAGACUGAACUUCAACUCUCAAUCUGACGGCUGAGUGGAUCUUCUGUACAAAUUAGCAUAUGCAAUACGAUUAAAAAAAAUCCCCAUAUACGGCUCGGAAAUAUCUAUCACGGCGCGUUUGCAUCAGUGGGGAAUACCACGUUGGUCUUGAUUUUGUGAUCAUAAAUGCUAUUUAAAGUUAAAUGGUAUUACUUCUGUGUUAGAAUUUGUUCUUAAAACAUUAUUUGUACUGAUACAUGAAGAGGAAUCAUCGUUUGAUUGCUAGGUAUUCCUUGCCAAGCAAAACUUUGAUAAAGACAACCUAAAAGGAUAUUUCAAUUAGAGUGGAUGUUUGACUUUGAUACCUGCAUACUGGUACGACAUGUACGGAGUCUUUCACUUCUGAUAUGGACUAUAAUAACAGGAGACACGUAGAACUUUAACACUGAAAAUCAGAACUUCUUUUGCUGAAGUGUAGUCUGAUUUAUUCGUCAUGCCUGUGGCUUUAAGCGAGUGGAGAGUGCGAAUCGGAACCUUUAUCCAUAGGAUAAAAGAAUGGGUGGUCAGAGAGAUGAGAGAAGAAUUGCUUAAACAACGUAUUCAGAGGCUAAGAGUUCUUUGGGAACGACUCAAAGCGAAGAAGAAUGAUUCUGAAGGAGGGUCGCAAGAUCACAAGACCAGACAAGCUGAAGGGGAUUCAACCAAUUCUUCGUUGGUAAAUCAACAAGACGACUGCAAUGCCGAACCAUGCACUAAAAAGGGUCAAGAUUCACCACAGCCAUGUUAUGUCGGGAGUGAUACCUUACAUCAUGAACCAUCUGGUCGAACGGUAACAUCUCAGACAGACUCCGCUUCAUUAAGUACACCGACACAUCCAACCUCGGGACUUUGCCUAUCCCGCCCCUUUCCCUCUUCCUUUCUUUCUCCUUCCUUUUAUUUUUGCUUUCCUGUGAUUUUCCUAUUGAUUUCUUCGUUAUUGUUGCCCCUUUCUCCCGGAUUUGGUAUUCCCGUUUCUGUUUCUCUUCCCUUCCUUGUCGUCUUUCUCUUUGUACUUUCACUUUUUCUCUCCCCUCUCCUUCCCUUUUCCCGACGGGAGCGAACUUUUAGAGAGUGUCACACCUGCACAGUCUCUCCCUCAAACUACGGCUCUGGUACGAAUGAAACGGUGGAUGAACAGUUACCUCAGCAGCCUAAUCUACAGGAGUUAAUGCUUGUUACUGCGGGGGAUGUGGAGCUCAACCCAGGUCCUCGUGAAGGUUCGAUUGAUAGUGCUCUUCAAGAAAAGGAACUUGUAUCACUUGCAAAAGAGGUUCCUGGUAACUUCUACGAUACGUUGUGCAUCACACUUGGCUUCGGCUAUACAGAGUGCCGAAACGUUUUGAGUAAACAUCUGUUAGACAUCCCAGGAGCUUUGAUCGAACUCUUCUGCCGAUGGAAAAUCAAGCAGGUAGAUGGCACAGACUGCAGGGCAGUACUUGGAGAGAUUCUGAAAGAGGCCAACAUGGGUUCGCUUCAGACAAAGCUAUUAGAAGGAGGAUAUCAUAAGUCUGAUCUUUCAGGAGGAUAUCAUAAAUCUGAUAGGAAUGACUGUGUCUUCUCUGUAGAUUCGAAAUGCAUCAUUGUCCAAUCGGAGUAUUGGAGUCAAAAGCCUUCAUGA